AUGGAUUCGCGAGGUAGAUUUAUGGUGAAAAUGUGUCAAAAGAAAGAAGAUUCAGCUGUGGACAAAAAUAAGACAAUCAAACAACAGGACCAAAGUACCAUUAUUGUCAGCCCACAAAAACAUAAUGUUAUAACAUGCCAGAAAUUACCAUCCGAAAUGAACAAAAAUGUUUGCGACGACAUAAAUUUUGCUGUUGAUAUUACGAUAGAAAAAAUGCCCGAUGCGCUGUUGGUUACUGAUGUUCCUAAGCUUCCUGAGCAUGACGGAUUUAAGAUAAUUACAUGCGAAUCGGCUCCAGCAUCAAUAAUGGCUAGCGAAAUGAUUACUAAUAACAUUAACCAACCCCAAUCAGCACCUAUGCCUAUAAAUAGUGACUCUGAAGAUGAAACAGGUAAUAUUAUAACAACUCGCGCUAUUAUUGAAACUCCUAUUGACCAAGUCUCACCAGUUAACCGUGAUAGAAGGAUCAUGGAACACAAUAUCACAAUCGCUGAGACAACAGAAUCAGAAAAAGGAACAGGAAAUAAGGAAAAAGAAAUCUGCAGAUGGAAAAAUACUAAUCAAACAAACUGGAAAAGAAAUAAAGAGUUGGAGAAGAAACGAAAAUGUUUGCCAUAUAAGAGUAAAACUGGAAAGUUUCUUGCAGCUAAACUACCUAAAAUUGUCGCCAGAAAUGCACAGAAAAGUUUACACAAAACGAGCGUGAGAAAAUUAGCAAAUCCUAUUGGUCUAUACAAGAUUUUAAGCUGA